UGGAGCUGAGCUCGAGCCCUUAAAUAGCUCUGUGAUGAGGAAACAGCUGUUAAGGUCCAUGGAUCAGAGAUGCUGCCAUAAGCUCACCUGCCAGACCCCUUUCUCUCCUCCUGCUUUCACAGCAGUAGUGCUCUUCACCAGAGUCACUUGGUCCCUGUCGUUUUCAUCUGGGAGCUGUAUGCUCGAUAUCUCUGGCCAGCACACAAACAGCACAGAGCAUGGAGAUUCUGGGAAGGUGCGAGUCCUUUUCCCUCUGGAUAACUGUGUUGUCCUUUGGAAGGGUUCUCUCCAUGGAUUUCUCUUACCUGGGAUCCUCCCUGAGCCUGCAGUCCUCCUUCCAGGAGAACACAACACAGGUACUUUUAUAUUACCGAGGGAUUGCUUCUCCUUGUUCCAGUACCGAAGAUGGGAUUUGCCGGGCUGUGAAUUGCACUUCCAGGAUCCCUGCCGCUGGUUUUCAGAACUCCACAGUCCCAUGCCAGCUAGAGGGAGAGGCAGCCAUCUUCCCCGCUUCUCCUGGAUCCUUCCCCAUGAGGUUCUCCAGCUGCUGUUGGUCCCAGACUGUGCUCCCUCCCAGUGAGGAUAACAACUCCCGUGUCCAGUUUGAGAUGGUGAUGACUUAUACCCUGGGUGCUCGCUCUGAUACAGGAUCGACAAACACCUCUCCGCAGACUCCGCUUCUGCCUCCUCUCAGAGUUCCCCAAAACUGUGCUACAUUGUAUAAUCUGAGUGUCUCAGACCAAGAUGGGGAUGUAGUGAGUUGCCGAUAUGGGCGUCGAGAGGAGCUUGCCUGUGCUUUCUGCAAGAAGUACCCUUUUCUGCAUUUGGAUGAGGAUGGAUGCACCCUUAUGUACGACGGAAUGGGCUCCAAAGGCACCUACUCGGUGGAGCUGAUGGUGGAGGAUUUCCCCAGGAAAACAGUGGUCCUGAAAUUUGAGGAUGGGAUGCAUGAGAUUCAUCCAUACAAUGCUUCAGGACAGGGCUGGAACGAAGCCCUAAGUUCUGUUCCACUUCAGUUCACCUUAACAGUGGAGAAGCCAGUAGACGACUGUGCCUUUGGAAUUAGAAGGCCAAUAUUUAUCAGCCCAACCCCAAGCAAUGGGGACAGGAUCAGCGUGCUGCCCUAUGAGGACGUUUCCUUCACAGCGAUGGCUAUCAGCGCAGGAGAAAGGAUGGCGGACUUGCAGGUUCUGGGUCCUUACGGGCUGCACACAUUGGGUCCAUGGAUGGCAGACGAUCUCUGCACUGUGUCUGUGAAUAUCACCUGGGAGAGCAGGAACCCUGUGAGAUUGCACCAGGUUCCUGUAUGUUUUGUGGCCAGCACAUUGUCUGGAUUACAGUCUGAGCUCAGAUGCAUUUGGAUUGUGCAGAAAGCUGCUGAUUACCCACAGGGCACAGUUCUGCUGUGUCUUGAGGAUCGAAUGCAGCUCUCUGUUCCCCGAUCUAGUUUAGGAGACGUGCAGGAAAGCAAUCUUCAGAAGAAUAACCCUGAAUGCUUGAUCAGUAGCAACAGCACGCACCUUCUAGUCGAGAUCCCACUUGAUGUGUGUGGAACCAGGGUGAAGGAAGAUCCACCUUUCUUCAUCUUCACCAACAAAAUAAUUGGUCGACACCAAGGAGCAUUGUCCAGUCCAUUCAAGAAAACCCUGGCCAUCCCAGUGAGCUGCAAAUACACCAAACAGGAGGAGGGAGCCGGCAGCACCUACUGCCCUUUUGUGGGCCCCACAGAUAAAGGCUUUGGCAACUUCAGCUUUGAUAUUAGAUUCAGCACACAGACUGCAGGUGGGAUGAGGUCAUUAGAACAGGGGGCUUCCAUUAAUGCCAGUGUCAAUGACCAGUUAUUUAUCAGCGUGUCGGCCAAGAGUGACCUGGCUGAUGCCCAGCUGGUGGUGCAAUCCUGUCAAGUGCUAGGCAACCAGGACUCUUCCAAUGGCAUCUUCAUCAUACAAAAAGGAUGCUUGAAUUACAAGGCAGCCAAAGAAGUGAUUCCGGAAGAUUCCAAGGACAAGGUGUACAGCCUCAGGCUCUCCUCAGUAGCCGACACCGUCCCUGAGGUGUUUGUAACUUGUGACGUGAAGCUGUGUCGCAGUUUGAGCAGGUCCAGGCUAUGCCCUUCAGGGUGCAGGUCCUUCAAAAGCAACGAUUCGCCAUGGAAGAUACUAGAAACAAAGAUCCAUCGGAUCACUGCUGGGCCAAUCCGGAUCACCCAGGGCCCUUCCAGCGGUACCAACUACACUGCCUUAGUGGUUGGGAUAGUGCUGGGCUGCACAGUGGUGUGUGUCGUCUUUCUGCUGGUGAAGAAGUCCUUUGUGGGGGUGCCAUACAGGAAUGUAUCCCUAAGAAUAUGAGACUAUCACUGUAAAGGGCAUUUAAGGAAGUCAGAUGGUUGGGAAGAUUACUGUACUUGAAGGACACAACUGAAAAUUCCAAGAGAGAGCAACAUCAAAGUUGUGGGAAUCAGAUGCUGAGCAGAUUGCUUAUGGCAGCAUUUCUGAUUUUGGUACAGGUACCACUGAUGGCACUAAGUCCACAAUCAAGUGGUGUAUGGGUGCUUCUAGGAUCCACUAUGACACUGAUUAAAAAAAGAAUGUGGAAAACACCGGAUACUUGUGACUUUUAAGAUGUGGUUUGCUUAAGGACUUGUCUUCACUGCAACUGACAGCUUAAGUUAUUCCUCUGAAGUUCGCCUAGCUCAAGUGAGUGCAACCACACUGUGAAACAACACUCAAGCUACACAGAAGAUUGGAUUAGCAUCUAAUGAUGUGCUAACUUGAGUUGCAUCCCCAAUGCACUGCUAGCUUGAGCAACACACACACACACACACGAGCUUCAAACUACAGCCCCUAAUGGACCAGCUAGCUAGGGUUUAAAGUAUCACCUAACAAGCUAGAGAUGUGUGUGUGGACAGCUGUCAGGUUGGGGGCAAUACUUGAGUUAUACCUCAAGCUAACACUGCCGUGAAGACAAACCUUCAGUCUUAACCUCCAAGAACAGAUGACUUACAGGAAACAUCUCAUAUAAACAAGCUGCUCUCAAACUACAAACCAGGGCUUAGUGGUCUGGAGCACUUCCUGGUGGCAUGUAGUAUUUUGAGUACCAAGUAGAACCAAAAUUUAGCUGUUGGGAAGGAAGGUGCUUUAUGAAAGAUAACUCUUUUCUGAAGUGAUAUGCUUAAGAAGAGUUGGAGAACCAAUGGUGAAAUUAACAUGCAGGGUUACAUAAGCUUAUACAAAAUGCAUGUAAGGUUGGACCUAGGCAAGAAAGAUCAGCUUCAAAGCUGUUGGAUUUUGCAGUGAGUUCAACAAGCAUCCACUCAUUUUGGAAAAAAAUCAGUGAGGCUCAUUGAUAUCAUUUAUUUCUCUUUUGCACUCAAAAAUCUUACAAGGCAGGCUUUUACAGAGAAUAUACCUAGAUCUAUUUUCAUCCAGAUUGAUAAAGAUUACAGUCACGCAUUGACAAUUUAAUUUUUAUUUGUAAAUUGUUUUUCAGCAAGAGGAUGAGAGCUAGGAACUCAGCGAUGGCUAAACCUUGCUAACAUGGUUUUCCUCCAAUCCCUAUUGGUCCACCCUGCAUGUUGUGUAGGGACUCAGGUAUUAUGAGUUGAUCAGUUUGGGGAUUUUCCCCCUUUUCUCCAUGAGAACAUUUUAAAAAAUCAGAAGUUUUAAAAAACAUCAACACACUUAUCAAGGGAUCCAUAAUUGUAUCAAAACGUAGAGAGAGAGAGUUAUCAGCUGCAGAAAAUAUAAAACCAAGAUACUCCAAGCCACAGGCUCGCAAAGGAAAGAGUGGGCAACUGCUUUGUCCAUCAUAUAUUCCAUUUUUCAAGCGAUGUGAAUUCAGCUGUGCCACAGUGAGACAAUUACACUAGCAUGUGCUGCAUCUACAGACUCCAGAGUCACACCCUGACAGCAUGAGCUACUUCAUGUAUACAGUAUUGUCAGCCCUAGGGCCAACAGGUCACCUAAAGGCAAGCCCAUGUGGAUGAGAAUCAGGGUCAGGGUAUUUUCUAGCUGUAGUCUGUUUAUUGAUAAAAUGUACACAGAGUGCAAUUUCUUUGAUGAGUGGUACGAACAAACCACACACAGGCAGCACUCUUUUGCAGAAAUCUCAAGCGAGCCACUCCAGCCCUAUACCAAGUUGCUGGCCUUCUGUUUCUCUUCACUCAUUCCAACGACUCACUCCCAGCCCCACCUCCACAGACAGCAAGAAUCUAACCCAAGUUCAGGGCUCCGGAAAAUCUGUUGGCUCCAAACCUCUCAGCUGUAGCAUCAUGGGCUGGCCUUUGAGCCUGGACCAUUAGCCCCACAAUAUUUCUUAAUUACCCUCUGUCUGGUUACCUGCUUGUAUCCACCAUUUCUAUGAGGAACUUCUCAGGCCUUGUCUUCACGAUAAAAAAAGGUGCAUUCUUAAUUUGAGUUAGCUAACUCAAGAUAAAAUCCUAGAGAAGAAAGACAGUUUGUAAUUAUUAUUUGUAUUACCAUAAUACCUAGGAGCCCUAAUUAUAGAUCAGGACCCCAUUGUGCCAGGUGCUGUACAAAGAGAACAAAAAGACAGUCCCUCCCCACAGAGUUUACUAGCAAAAUAUAAGGCAAGAGACCACAAAUGGGUAAAGAGACAGAUUGGGGAGUAUGAGGAAACACUGAGGCUACUCUGGUUAGUAUGACAGGCAGGGGUAUCAGCACACAAGUGGCCUACCCGUUAUCAAGUCUUUUGUAAGCACCUUGGUAAAGGAGAGCUUUAAGGAGGGAUUUGAGGGAGGAUAAUCAGUAGCUUUGUGGAUGUUUAUGGGGAGUUCUUCCCAAGCAUGAAGGCUGGCAUGGGAGAAAGCAGAAGGUGCAUCUGAAAAAUUGUAGUAAGUGGGCAAUCGAGGUUGGCAUCAUUGGCUAAUCAAAGGAGUUGAUAUCUUGAUUGUGAUUAAAAGUGGAUAGAUAUGUCUAGGGAUAGGCCUUGAAAAAGAAGACGAGCAAAUUCCGUUUCCUGUGAUAGAGGGGGGAGGGAAGGGCAAUGGAGAGCUGAACAGAGAGGAGUGACACAGUUGAAGCAACAGGCUAGGAAAAUGAUUUUUACAGCAGCAUUCUUUAACGUGACCUUCUAACUCGUGUGGAAACUACAGACCGCCUUGUCUUUGCUAGCAUUUUAUCUCAAGUUAGUCAACUCAAGUUAACACACCUUUUAUUGUCGUGUGAAGACAAGGCCUCAUAUCUCAACAAUUCUUAAUGACAAGCCAUUACAGUAUCUUAAGUCAAUUGCUUCAUGGAGUCAUUAUCUCCCCCUCAAUCACUGAAACCUCCUACUCCUACCGACCAGCAUCACACACCUCCAGUUCCCACAAAUCACAGCUGGUAAGAUCAGCUUCCUUACCCCUCCCUGUCAUCCUGUCACCAUCUCUUGGAAUCCUUCCUUGGCCUCCCCUCCUCCAUCAUUUCAAAUACAAAGUUCUUUAAUCAAGGCUCGGCAUUAACCUACCCCUUUUUAUGCAGCCACCUCUCUCUCUUAUUCUAGAGCUCUCCGUUCCACCAAUAAUGCCAGCCUCAGUGCUCCAUUUGUUUACUCCCACAAACAGUUCUCUGCCAUGUCACCCUGUGCAGAGCACACUUCCUCAGCUGCUCUGUAAGGCCACUAUGCUUUCUUUAUUUAAAUCCUUCCUGAAGAGGCACUUCUAACAUACCACCUACAAGAAAUAAUCCAAUAAAUAAGGGUUUAGGCAGAGGGGGCAGACUGGGAGAGUUUAUAAUUAAAAUAUAACCUGGGACUGUAUUAA